AUGACUGUCAAAGAGCCAGAGUACGUGUACUACCAUGCCGGAGGCCAGCGAGGCUCCCGUCCAGUACUUCGAGGCGCCGCAGCAAAGGACACAUUCUCGUCCAUCCCAGUCGUUGACGUUUCAGGAAUGUUCUCAAAACAUAUAGAGGAUCGCAAGAAAGUCGCAGCAGAGGUCGGCAAAGCAUGUCGUGAAGUUGGGUUCUUUUAUGCGAAGAAUCACAACGUACCAGAUGAAGUCAUAGCCAACACGUUCGAGGCAGUAAAGAAUUUCUUUGCCAUGCCUAACAUGAAAGAAGCCUUCUCCUUUGGCGACGAUCCCCACGAGCCAGAGCAGAACGCGCCAUGCAAGCCAGGCCCCGAUGCACCAAAGCGUGCCAAUGCUUGGCCCAGCGCGUACCCAGAAUUCCGGCCUGCGAUGUACGACUACUUCACCCGCGUGAAGGCGUUCUCUCAGGCUCUGAUGCGCAUCUUCGCCUUAGCCUUGGACCUCCCCGAGGACUUCUUCGAUGCUGCCAUAUCCUUCCCGAUGGUCGGCAUCAGAGCUCUACACUACCCACCCCAAGAAAAGCCGAACGCGAACGACAUCGGCCUGGGCGCGCACACAGACUACGACUUCUUCACCCUCGUGCAGCAGGAGAAUGUCGCAGCGCUACAAGUCCUGAACGCUAACGGUAUCUGGAUCGACGCGCCGCCGCAACCACGAACCUACGUUGUCAAUGUGGGCGACUUUCUGAGUCGAAUCACGAACAACAAGUUCAAGUCAACGGUGCAUAGAGUGCUGAACAAAAGUGGAGAGGAGCGCUACUCAAUGCCAUUUUUCUUUUCGCCGAAUCGCGAGGCGAUGUUGUCAGUCGUGCCUAAUUGCCGUGAGAAGGGUCAGGUCUACGAGGAUAUCAACGCUGGUGAUUAUUUCAUGGAGAGGUUGAAGGCGGCCAGGUGGCAGCAUCCUUCGAAUAAUGGGAAACCAGCUCCUGUGGUGCAGGACAUGCCGACUGCGCAGGCUAUUAUUGCGUAGAAUUUUCCCAGCGCGACGAAUUAGGAUAU